CCCCUCCAAAGCAUUGGAUUCAGGUGUUCCAAUCACCUCCAUGGUCACAGGUGUAUAAAAUCAAGCACUUAGGCAUGCAGACUGCUUCUACAAACAUUUGUGAAAGAAUGGGUCACCCUCAGGAGCUCGGUGAAUUCAAGCAUGGUACUGUGAUAGGUUGCCACCUGUGCCAUAAGUCCAACCUUGAAAUUUCCUUGCUACUAAAUAUUCCACGGUCAACUGUUGAUGGUAUUAUAGCAAAGUGGAAGACACUGGGAACAACAACAACAGCCACCACGCCACCACUGGACUCUAGAGCAGUGGAGAUGUGUUCUCUGGAGUGACAAAUCACGCUUCUCAGUCUAGCAAUCUGAUGGACAUGUCUAGGUUUGGCAGUUGCCAGGAGAACGGUAUUUUCCUGACUGCAUUGUGCCAGGUGUAA